CUCCGCCUCCGCCAGCCUCGCCCGCCCGCCCGGCGGCCGCGCAGGGGCAGAGCGAGCCGGCGCCGGCGAGGAAUUAGCAGCGAGCCGAGAGGAGCGGCAAAACCAGACACACACAUAUAUAUAUAUAUUUAUAUAUAUAUAUACACACAUACAACCGCCCGCGUCAUAACCAUAAUAAACGGAGCCAGCGCUUGUAGAAGCCUUUUUAAUUUUUAAUAUUUUUUCCCCUUCUUCCUUUCCUCCUCCUCCUCUCGAUUUUUUAAAAUACAUUUUAAUUUUUUGGGUUUUUUUGUUUUUGUUUUUGUGGUUUUUUUUGUUUUUUUUUUUUUUUUUUUGUUUUUUUGGUGAGCGCGCUCGGACAUUUAACGUUUGAGGUGUCCUGCGCGGUGGGAGCGCACGGAGCGGAUCAUCAUCAGUCCAUUCACCACCUUGACAACCUCGCCUAUGAUUGACAGCCGGAGUGGCGAAAAGCCAUGAGACUUGGUAGUUGGGUUUGAGGGGCACUUUAAAAAAAAAAGGAAAGAAAAAAAAAGAAAAAAAAAAAGCUGAUUUGGGGAAAGGAUAUUUGCUUUCGCCCCGCUGCUGUCUUGGAAACGAGAGGGGAGAGUAAGAGAGGGAGAGACAGGGAGAGAGGAAAGAAAGAAAAAAGAAGGAAGGAGGGAGAGUUGUGGGUUUUUUUCCUCCAAUUUUUUUUUCUCCUUUUUUAAUGCUGAGUUACUGUAUCGCUUCUGUGAGAUCCAGCAAGCUGAAGAUUUUACUCGAUUGCUUUCAUUGCUGGCGACGCUAAGGGAUUUUUGCAUUUUUGGGGUGAGGGGGGGGGACUUCGCAUUUCUUUCUUUUCACACUGGCCUUAAAGAGGAUAUAUUAGAAGUUGAAGUAGGAAGGGAGCAAGCAGGCCGAUGGCGCAAAGGUACGACGAGCUGCCCCACUACGGCGGCAUGGAGGGGGUGGGCAUCCCCAGCACCAUGUACGGGGACCCCCACGCCGCCCGCCCCAUGCCCGUGCACCACCUCAACCACGGCCCGCCGCUCCACUCGCACCAGUACCCGCACGCCGCCCACGCCAACGCCAUGCCCCCGGCCAUGGGCGCCUCCGUCAACGACGCCCUCAAGAGAGAUAAGGAUGCCAUUUACGGACACCCCCUGUUCCCUCUUUUAGCACUGAUUGAGAAAUGUGAAUUAGCUACAUGCACGCCCAGGGAGCCGGGGGUAGCGGGAGGCGAUGUUUGCUCCUCGGAGUCUUUCAAUGAAGACAUAGCAGUGUUCGCCAAACAGAUCCGAGCAGAGAAACCCCUAUUUUCCUCUAAUCCUGAACUGGAUAACUUGAUGAUUCAAGCCAUACAAGUAUUAAGGUUUCAUCUGUUGGAAUUAGAGAAGGUACACGAAUUAUGUGACAAUUUCUGCCACCGGUAUAUUAGCUGUUUGAAAGGAAAAAUGCCUAUCGAUUUGGUCAUAGACGAUAGAGAGGGCGGAUCAAAAUCGGACAGUGAAGACAUAACAAGAUCAGCAAAUCUAACAGAUCAGCCCUCCUGGAACCGAGACCACGACGACACGGCGUCGACGCGCUCCGGGGGCACGCCGGGGCCCUCCAGCGGGGGACACACGUCGCACAGCGGCGACAACAGCAGCGAGCAAGGUGACGGCUUGGACAACAGUGUAGCUUCCCCCAGCACAGGUGAUGAUGAUGAUCCAGAUAAGGACAAAAAGCGACAUAAAAAGCGUGGCAUCUUUCCCAAAGUAGCCACAAAUAUCAUGAGGGCAUGGCUGUUCCAGCAUCUAACACACCCUUACCCUUCAGAAGAACAGAAAAAGCAGUUGGCACAAGACACAGGGCUCACUAUACUUCAAGUGAACAACUGGUUUAUUAAUGCUAGAAGAAGAAUAGUUCAGCCCAUGAUAGACCAGUCCAAUCGAGCAGUAAGCCAAGGGACGCCGUACAACCCCGACGGGCAGCCGAUGGGAGGUUUCGUGAUGGACGGGCAGCAGCACAUGGGGAUCAGAGCGCCAGGACCUAUGAGUGGAAUGGGCAUGAAUAUGGGCAUGGAGGGGCAGUGGCACUACAUGUAACCUCCACCUAGGUAACCAAUGGCAAAGCCAGGGGGAAGGCUGCAAAGCAUGCCAGGGGAUUAUGUGUCUCGGGGUAGUCCAGUGGGUAUGAAUAUGGGACAGCCAAGCUAUAGCCCGCCC